AUGGAGGUUGCUGCUCCAGGGGUCCCUACCAACGGCCUCGCCGCGGCGACAGCACCGGUGGCAGUAGCAGAUCCAAAUGCGGUAGUACGGUAUCUCACAGAUGUCCUCCAGGUAACUCUGGGGGCUAGUAAGAGAGAUCUCGAAGCUGCGGGCAGUCUGCUCUCAAAAGCGAAAUAUUCGGAAACCGUGCAGAAAUGUACGCGAUUCGCUUCAGAGUCGCAGGUGGCGCUGUAUGUGCAGCAGGAUAUCUUUAGUGCAGAGGAGCCUAAUGGGACAGAGAGUGAUGAAGUGGCAGAGACUCGGUAUACCUACACGUUGGCCGCGGAGGUAUCUUUCCUUUCGACGACCGUCGCUUCCGUCGCUUUCAUCAAACGUCCAGGACCGAUCGACCCCAGCCAACCUAUCGCUACUCAAAUACAAGUAACAAAUUUCCCAGGUCUUUCGACCCUCAGCAAUGCACAAGCCCAACAGGGUGCUUCGAUUUCCGCAUUCGAAAUCCUACAUUCCCUCGUUCACCAUACCCUUGGUCCGUAUUUCGAAGCGUACACACGAGGUCAAGAAGCUACAAACGGUAUAAAGCAGAGAACGGAGACAGAAGCAAAGACUGGUGUUCCAGGAGCCAAGAAGCGCAUUGCAGAGUUGGACCUUGCGUUUCUGCAUCUUCAGCAGAAUGUGGAAAUUCCAACCUUGAAUCUACCACUUCAUGAAAUCGUACAAGCUGCUCUCGAUGAGGCCGAAACCCGCGGUGUCAAACCUUCCGUCGACCUGAUCCCACCCGCUGCCCUCGAAAAUAGCACUGUUCUCAACAGCAUCCAGAACAAUGUCAAUGGCUGGAUCAAGUCUAUUCAAACCAUCACAAAAAUGUCCCGAGACGCAGACAGUGGCUCCGCUAACCAGGAAAUCAACUUUUGGCUUUCCAUGGAAACGGCUCUAGAAGGAAUCGAGAAACAGCUGCGUGGUGAUGGAGUACAGCUUACCAUGGAAAUUCUUCGGCAUGCGAAACGUUAUCAGGCAACUUUAAGUUUUGUGGCAGAUACUGGUCUUCGUGAAGCAAUGGAUACGGUGCAGAAAUACAACCAGUUGAUGCGUGACUUUCCCUUGGACGAACUGUUGUCUGCAACGACGCUACAGAAAGUCCAGGAAUCGCUCGGAUUGAUUUUCAAUCAUUUGAACAGAAAGCUGAAAAUAUCGCCGUACCCUAUUAAGAGAGCUUUGGCGCUGGUGGAGGCUAUUUCGGGCGACUUGGAUUCCCAGAUCCAUGCUUUACUGCAUGGCCGAACAAUCAUGCAUCUUGACUACCGAGAGUUCCGUUCAUUGAUGAAGACUUGCGGCGCCAUUUGGCGGACCUGGGAUGAGAACGUCAAGGAGUUUACCAAUGUUGGACGUGAAGCCUCUCGACGACGAAAUGAAAAGUUCAUUCCAAUCAAAAUCGUACCACGACACAUGAAGACACAAGAACGUCUGAAAUAUAUCAAUACUUUCCGCGUCAAUCACGAACAGCUGCAGCGGACGAUUGUCAAUGUGCUCGGUCCUAAAUCUGCGGUCAAUGCGAACGGAACCGAUGGUGCGAUUAUCGUAGAAGAGAUUGGCGACGUCGAUGCUGUGGAGGAGGUCGCCCAAGCAUACGCAGCUUUGAAAGAUGUGGAUGUGCUUGAUGUGUCCGAAGAAGGCACACAACAGUGGAUUCAAGCUGAAAUCACUUACAAUGAACGGACAUCGCGUGUUGAGAACUCUAUUAUUGCUCGCUUGAGAGACCGUCUCGCAACUGCUAAAAAUGCCAACGAGAUGUUCCGCGUGUUUUCCAAGUUCAACGCCCUUCUUGUCCGACCAAAGAUUCGUGGUGCUAUUGGCGAGUACCAAACUACGCUUAUCGACAACGUAAAACGGGACAUCAAUGCCUUACAUGAACGUUUCAAGCAACAGUACGGUCACUCCGAAGCCCAUGCUAUGGCUCAAUUACGCGACCUGCCGCCUGUCUCGGGCGCUAUUGUUUGGGCUCGACAGAUCGAACGCCAGCUCAACGGCUACAUGCGUAAAGUCGAAGACGUGCUCGGUGAAGACUGGCACCUCCAUUCUGAAGGUCAAAAGCUUCAAGCAGAGAGCAACUUGUUCCGUAAGAAGCUCGACACUCGGCCAGUUUUUGAAUCAUGGCUUCAUGAUGUUCAGCGAAGACAUAUUACUAUCUCAGGACGCUUGUUCAACAUCAUCCGAAAUAGGGCCGCUGGCAACUCCUUCGAGCUGACGGUCAAUUUUGAUGCUCAGAUAAUAGCUCUUUUCAAAGAAGUGAGAAACCUGAUUUGGCUCAACUUUCAGGUACCUCAUGCGGUGAGCAGCAUUUCCAAGGAAGCCAAGCGUGUUUACCCCUAUGCUAUCAGUCUCAUGGAAACAGUCCGCACACUGUUGCAGACCACUCGUACUAUCGCUUCAAUGACUGAGGUCGCAAUUCUGUUGAGCGGUUAUCAGAACGAUGCACAGGCUAUGAUCACAAAGGGUAUUCCUUUACGAUGGGAGUCCUUUGUUCAUUCAUACGAGCUUCACGUGAAGCAGUCGACACUAUCCAACGGUACUAUUGAUCCCUCCACUGCAGGACGAGGAGAGAGCAAGCACGUCCAAUUUGUUCGCGAAUUUGCCGUAUCCGCCUCAGUCCUUCAAUCCAAGACUGCAACUUUGGCCUCUAUCAACGAAAGCAUCCAAAAGACUAUACUAGAGCUCAAGACUUGUCCAUACGAUGCUGCAAUUUUCCGUCAGCGAUUGGACUCGAUUCAGAUCUCUGUUGAUAAGCUGAAUCUCGAGAAUUACGUCAACCUCGGACAUUGGGUAUCAAAUCUCAAUUUGAAAAUUGAGUCUAUCCUGCGCGAACGGUUACAUCGAGCAAUCAGAACCUGGAUCGCGUCAUUCAAGGAAUCCAAGGAUGAACAGUAUGCAAAACAUCUUUCAAUCCAGGCGACCCAUGAGAGGACGGCAAAUGACACGCCUGAAGCCGAGGUUUACCACAUCGAAUUCCCUCUACUUGUUCACGAAGUUUCUAUGCGGAAUCAAGUCUUGCACCUCGAUCCUCCUCUACAAUAUGCCCGAGCUAGUUGGUUGUCUCAUUUCGGCCAAUGGCUCGGAGUUAUUUGCAAUCUGGAGAAGAUUAAGUCUUCGCGAUAUCAAAUUUCCAUUGAAGUAGAGAAAACGCAGUUGUCUGAAACUUCGUUUGUGAACCUUCCACAGCACUGCAUUGAUGAGUUGGCCGAAGUCCACGGGGCUGUUGAAUCCCGUCUCUCGGAGAUCUCAAGCUAUGUUGACAAAUGGCUUCAAUUCCAGUCUCUUUGGGAUUUGCAGGCUGACCAGGUGUAUGACAUUUUGGGCGACGAUUUGUCUCAGUGGCUUCAAUUGCUUCAAGAAAUCCGUAAAAGCCGCGCCACUUUCGACACGUCUGAAGUCAGCCGUUCAUUUGGCAACAUCACAAUCGACUACGAACAAGUUCAGACAAGAGUCAAUGCCAAAUACGACCAAUGGCAGCACGAAAUACUACAGAAAUUUGGCUCUAAACUUGGUGGUCAUAUGCGUGAAGUGCAUACUGAAAUUGCUAGCGCACGCCGAGAUCUCGAAGGCCAGACUCUAGAGGCUUCCUCAACUGCACAUGCUGUGUCCUUUAUCACGAUUGUCCAGCAAUGCAAACGCAAGGCUAGGGUGUGGGAGCCCCAGGUGGAUCUUUUCAGACAAGGUCAAACUACCCUUGCACAAAACGUGGAUGGCGAAUGGGCUGCUCUCAAUGAAUUGCUUACUAGAAAGAGUAAGAUCGUCCAGGACCAGACCGAAGCCUUGCGGGCCAAGAUUACAGCCGAAGACAAGGUCAUUGGCGACAAGAUUAAGGAGAUCAUUGUUCAGUGGAAUGACGAAAAACCUGUAUCUGGCACCAUUCCUCCGGAGGAGGCUUCCCGCACGCUCAGCUCAUUCCAAUCUCGCUUGGAAGGUCUCCAGUCAGAAUUUGAAAUGGUCUCAAAAGCCAAGGAGGCCUUGGAUCUACCAGCUAGUGCCGAAUCAUCGUUACCUGCAAUCUUGGAGGAGGUUCAAGAUUUCAUGUCAGUGUGGGCCGCUUUGUCGACAAUCUGGAAGAGUUUGAACGAUCUCCGCGAUAUGCUUUGGACGAGCGUUCAGACCAGAAAGCUUCGUCAAUCGAUUGACAAUCUCAUCAAGAUGACUAAGGAGAUGCCAAGCCGCAUGCGACAAUAUGCCGCUUUUGAGCAUAUUCAGAAUGUUCUUCGUCAGCAUCUCAAGAUCAAUCCAUUAUUGUCUGAUCUGAAAUCCGAAGCAAUCAAAGAGAGACACUGGCAAAAAAUCUUCAAGGCCUUGAAGCCUGGUCAGCGCUUUUCGCAGGUCACUCUGACCUUAGGAGAUGUCUGGGAUUUGAAGCCCGCAGCUAGUGAGGUGGUAAUCCGUGAUAUCAUCACUCAAGCUCAAGGUGAAAUGGCUUUGGAAGAGUUCUUGAAAAUGGUCCGCGAAACUUGGCAGAAUUAUUCGCUCGAUCUGGUCAAUUAUCAGAACAAGUGUCGGCUGAUCCGUGGUUUUGAUGACUUAUUUGCAAAGUGUAGCGAAAACUUGAACUCUUUGCAAGCGAUGAGACACUCUCCCUACUUUAAGGAGUUCGAAGAAGAAGCUUCGACAUGGGAGGACAAAUUGAACAGGGUUCAUGUUUUGUUCGACGUAUGGAUUGAUGUUCAACGGCAAUGGGUCUAUCUCGAAGGCGUUUUUACCGGAAAUGCGGAUAUCAAGCACCUUCUUCCCCUAGAGUCUGCGCGUUUCCAGAACAUAAACUCUGAGUUCUUUGCCGUGAUGAAGAAAGUCUACAAAUCACCAUUUGUCCUUGAUGUGCUUGCCAUUAACGGUGUUCAAAAAUCCCUGGAGAGGCUUKCGGAGCUUCUCAAUAAAAUCCAGAAAGCUCUCGGUGAAUACCUUGAGCGCGAGCGUGUAUCCUUCCCUCGUUUCUACUUCGUUGGUGAUGAGGAUCUCCUAGAGAUUAUCGGUAACAGCAACGACACGCUCCGAGUUGCUAAGCAUUUCAAGAAGAUGUUUGCUGGUCUCUCUGGCCUUGUGAUGGAUGAUGAUAAUAACAUUGUUGGAUUCACAUCCAAAGAAGGUGAAGAGGUUAGACUCAAGCGUGAGGUCAAUCUUAUCAAGACGCCACGAAUCAACGAUUGGCUAUCAGCCCUGGACAAUAAUAUGAAGCUGACGCUCGCUGAGUUGCUCGCCGAGGCAGUUGAGCAAUUUGAAACCAUCUAUCACACAAGUGAAGUUGAUCAAACGGCUUUCAGCGACUAUCUCGCCAACUAUCCGGCCCAAAUUGUUGUGCUUGCUAGCCAGGUCGUAUGGACUAAUGCUGUUCAGAAGAGUCUAGAGAACGGUGGUGGUGAUCUCCAGAGUCUUUUCGAUGCUGAAGUGCGUAUACUAGAAUUGCUUGCUGCUACUGUACUUGGUGAACUUGAUGGCAUCACUAGAAAGAAGUGCGAACAUAUGAUUACCGAAUUUGUACACCAACGUGAUGUUAUUGCCAAACUCAUGAAGUUCAAUGCUUCAACCCCGACACAUUAUCUCUGGCUUCUACAGAUGCGCUACGUUUACAAGGAUGAGGGUGAUUUCCUUCAGCGCCUCUACGUGCACAUGGCCAACGCUAAGCUGGACUACGGUUUUGAGUACUUGGGAGUUCCGGAACGACUUGUCCGCACUCCAUUGACAGAUCGUUGUUUCCUUACAUUGACACAAGCUCUCUGCCAAAGAUUGGGAGGCUCUCCCUAUGGGCCUGCUGGUACAGGUAAGACGGAGUCUGUCAAAGCCCUUGGUCUCCAGCUUGGUCGAUUCACUUUGGUCUUUUGUUGUGACGACACUUUUGAUUUCCAGGCAAUGGGCCGUAUCUUCUUGGGUAUCUGUCAAGUUGGCGCUUGGGGUUGUUUUGACGAGUUCAACCGUUUGGAGGAGCGUAUUCUCUCUGCCGUUUCUCAGCAGAUUCAAAACAUCCAAAUCGGAUUGCGCAAGGGUACCGAUGAUGACAAGGCCCAAAUUGAACUUAUCGGCCGACGUCUGCGUGUCAACCAGAAUACUGGUAUCUUCAUCACGAUGAACCCUGGAUAUGCUGGUCGUUCCAACCUUCCUGACAACUUGAAAAAGCUUUUCCGCAGCGUGGCAAUGUCGAAGCCAGACAAAGAACUUAUUGCAGAAGUCAUGCUCUUCUCUCAAGGUUUCAAGCAAGCCAAGCCUUUAUCCAAGCAAACAGUUCCCUUUUUCGAUCAUUGUGCAAGCAGACUUACAAAACAAGCUCAUUACGAUUUUGGUCUGCGAGCCUUGAAAAGUGUUCUUGUAAGCUCUGGAGGUUUGAAACGAGCUCGUCUCGCCAACUCGGAGGGACAGUUGGGUCCAGACGAAAUCAUCGAGCCUCAAAUCAUUGUUCAAAGUCUUCGGGAGACCAUUGCACCCAAGCUGAUUCGUGAGGAUGUGGAAACCAUGCUUGAUAUACAGAUGGAAGACUUCCCUGGUGUUGACUACGUGCCUGCCAACUACGAACAACUCACUCAGGCUAUCCGUGAUAUCGCCAAAGAAAAUCACUUCGUUGCUACCGAUACGUGGAUUACCAAGACAUUACAACUCUAUCAAAUUCAAAGUAUUCACCACGGUGUCAUGAUGGUCGGUCGAUCUGGUUCCGGUAAAUCUGCUUCAUGGAAGGUGCUGCUUCAAGCCCUGCAACGUGUCGAAGGCGUUGAAGGAGUAUGCCAUGUCAUUGAUUCUAAGGUCAUGUCGAAAGAAGUUCUGUACGGUAAUCUUGAUAGUACAACCAGAGAGUGGACGGACGGCUUGUUCACUGGCAUAUUGAGAAAAGUUGUGGAUAAUUUGCGUGGCGAGGACUCGAAACGACACUGGAUUGUCUUCGACGGUGAUGUUGACCCCGAGUGGGUGGAGAACCUGAACAGUGUGUUGGAUGACAACAAGCUUUUAACGUUGCCUAAUGGUGAACGUCUGAACUUGCCACCAAAUGUUCGUAUCAUGUUCGAAGUUGAGACUCUGAAGUAUGCUACUCUGGCUACUGUUAGUCGAUGUGGUAUGGUCUGGUUCAGCGAUGAUACUGUAACCCCGGAGAUGAUGAUUACGAACUACAUUGAGUCAUUGAAAACCAAGGUGUUUGAAGACUUGGAUGACGACUCUGUACCUGCAGGUCAAGCGUCGGCCAAGACUCAAGCUGCUCAGGAUAUGGUUUCAGACUUCCUCAAGCAAUUCAUGCAGGGCGACGAUCUCAUUUACAAAGCGCUCGAAGAGGCUCGCAGAUACAAUCACAUCAUGGACUAUACGAUUAUCCGUGCGUUGAAUACCUUAUUUAGUCUACUCAAUAAAGCCUGCCGGAAUGUGCUCGAGUACAACAUUCAGCACAUUGAUUUUCCUCUGGACCCCGAGCAGGUCGAGUCAUAUAUCUCCAAGAAGUUACUUCUUGCACUUGUUUGGUCACUCACUGGCGACUGUCCUCUGAGCGACCGUAAGCGCUUCGGAGAGUACCUAGCCGCUACCACGACCAUCGACACUCCAUUGCUUAGCGAUUCGUCCUCUCUCAUCGACUACGAUGUAUCAUUGCCAAAGGUGGAAUGGAUCACAUGGCAGUCACAGGUUCCUUCUGUCGAAAUCAAUACCCAUUCAAUCACUCAGACAGAUGUCAUUAUUCCAACUUUGGACACCGUGCGUCAUGAGGAUGUGCUUUACUCGUGGCUCGCUGAGCACAAGCCUCUGCUCCUGUGCGGUCCUCCUGGAUCCGGUAAAACCAUGACUUUGUUUUCUGCUUUGCGAAAGCUGCCCAAUAUGGAGGUUGUUGGUCUCAACUUUUCUAGCGCGACCACUCCAGACCUUUUGGUCAAGACCUUCGAGCAGUACUGUGAGUAUAAGAAGACUCUGAAUGGCGUGGUGAUGUCUCCAAACCAGAUUGGGCGUUGGCUGGUCAUUUUCUGCGAUGAAAUCAACCUMCCCGCCCCUGAUCGUUACGGCACACAGCGUGCGAUUUCGUUCUUGCGUCAACUUGUGGAGCAAAAUGGUUUCUGGAGAACUUCUGACAAGACAUGGGUUACUUUGGACCACAUACAAUUUGUUGGGGCCUGUAACCCGCCAACUGAUGCUGGACGUACCCCAAUGGGAGAACGAUUUUUGCGUCAUGCUCCUUUGAUGAUGGUCGACUACCCAGGCGAGCUCUCAUUGACCCAGAUCUAUGGCACUUUCAACUCCGCCAUUCUGAAGAUCAUCCCCACUUUGCGUGGUUACUCGGAAGCUCUCACGAAAGCAAUGGUUCAGUUCUAUCUAGAGUCUCAAGCACGAUUUACACCAAAGAUCCAGCCACAUUACGUCUACUCUCCCCGUGAGCUUACAAGAUGGGUACGUGGUGUCUACGAAGCCAUCAAACCCUUAGAAAAUCUUUCCGUUGAAGGUCUUGUACGAAUUUGGGCCCACGAGGCUCUCCGCCUAUUCCAAGAUCGUCUCGUUGCGGAAGACGAGCGUAAAUGGACUGAUGAGUCCGUACGACGCAUUGCUCUGGAACACUUCCCAACCAUUGACGAGGAACAAGCAUUGAAGGGACCUAUUCUCUUCUCCAACUGGUUGUCAAAGAACUAUGUACCAGUUGAGCAAGAGCAAUUACGAGACUUUGUCAAGGCUCGUCUAAAGACGUUCUGUGAAGAAGAGGUGGAUGUUCCAUUGGUUCUCUUCAACGAUGUCCUUGAACACGCUUUGCGUAUCGAUCGUGUCUUCCGACAGCCUCAAGGCCAUUUGAUUCUCAUUGGUGUUAGCGGAAGUGGGAAAACCACACUUUCAAGAUUCGUUGCUUGGAUGAAUGGUCUCAAGAUCUUCCAGAUCAAGGUCCAUGGCAAGUAUUCUUCGGAAGACUUUGAUGAGGAUUUGAGAACUGUUCUUCGACGAGCUGGAUGCAAGGGUGAAAAGAUUUGUUUCAUCAUGGAUGAAUCGAACGUGCUUGACUCUGGUUUCCUGGAGCGAAUGAACACUUUGCUUGCUAACGCUGAAGUACCUGGCCUCUUCGAAGGUGAUGAGUUUGCAUCUUUGAUGACAGCUUGUAAAGAAGGCGCCCAACGUCAGGGACUCCUUCUCGACUCUCAAGAAGAACUUUACAAGUGGUUUACACAACAAAUUGUCAAGAAUCUUCAUGUUGUAUUUACCAUGAACCCUCCCGAAGACGGACUUUCGUCCAAGGCCGCAACCAGUCCUGCCUUGUUCAAUCGUUGCGUACUCAACUGGAUGGGCGAUUGGUCUGAUCAGGCUCUGUUCCAGGUUGGUUCGGAGCUUACGCAGUCUGUUGAUCUUGACAAACCCAACUUCACUGCCCCUGACAGUAUACCCGUUGCUUAUCGCGACCUCAAUCUCCCUGCCUCUCACCGUGAGACUGUUAUCAAUUCAAUGGUCUAUAUCCAUUACUCUUUGCAAAAGUUCAACCAGCGCCUGCAGAAACAACAGGGCAGAACUACAUACCUCACGCCACGACACUACCUCGACUUCGUCGCUCAAUAUGUCAAACUAUUUAACGAGAAGCGAGAGGAUCUGGAAGAACAGCAGCGACACUUGAAUGUUGGUCUGGAGAAACUCAGAGAUACAGUCGACAAGGUUCGCGACCUCCGUGUCAGCCUUGCCGAGAAGAAGACACAAUUGGAGGCGAAAGAUGCAGAAGCCAAUGAGAAGCUACAGCGAAUGGUUGCCGACCAGCGAGAGGCUGAACAGAGAAAGACAGCAUCGCUCGAAAUCCAAGUCGCUCUGGAGAAGCAAGAGAAGGAAGUCGCCGAGCGAAAAGAUGUUGUUUUGAACGAUUUGGCCCGAGCAGAGCCUGCCGUUCUGGAAGCCCAGAAGAGUGUCAGUAGCAUCAAGCGUCAACAUCUUACUGAAGUCCGAUCUAUGGGUAAUCCUCCGGCAAGCGUGCGUCUUGCUCUAGAGGCUGUUUGUACCUUGCUUGGUCAUAAGGUUGAAGGCUGGAAGACCAUCCAAGGUAUUAUUCGUAAAGACGAUUUCAUUGCCAGCAUUGUGAAUUACGACAAUGAACGCCAGAUGACCCGCAACCAUAGGGUGAAGAUGAAGAAUGAAUUCUUGUCCAAGGAUGACUUUACCUACGAGCGAGUCAACCACGCCAGUAAAGCUUGUGGUCCUUUGGUACAAUGGGUGGAAGCGCAGGUCAACUAUUCCGAGAUCCUAGAUCGUGUCGGCCCUCUCCGCGAAGAAGUGGACCAACUAGAGGAACAAGCGCUUCAGACCAAAGCAGAAGCGCAAGCCAUCGAGAAUACUAUCCAGAGUCUUGAAAGCAGUAUCGCCACCUACAAGACAGAAUAUGCGGCCCUUAUCAGCGAAACUCAAGCCAUCAAGACUGAAAUGAGUCGUGUACAAUUCAAGGUUGAUCGCAGUGUACGGCUUCUGGACAGUCUAGCUUCAGAGCGAGAACGAUGGGAGGAGGGAAGCAAAUCGUUCGAGACUCAAAUCAGCACGCUCGUUGGUGAUGUGCUUAUUGCUGCUGCUUUCCUUGCGUACGCUGGUCUAUAUGACCAACAAUUCCGUAAAGCGAUGGCGGAAGAUUGGGUCAACCAACUGGCGCAGUCAGGUAUUACAUUCAAGCCUCACAACCCCGUCACCGAGUACCUUUCGAAUGCGGACGAACGCCUAGCCUGGCAGAGUAACUCGUUGCCUGUUGACGAUCUAUGCACUGAGAAUGCGAUUAUUCUUAAGCGUUUCAACCGUUACCCAUUGAUUAUCGACCCUUCAGGUCGUAUUACGGAGUUCUUGCAGAAAGAGAGCAAAGAAAGGAAGCUUACAGUUACCAGCUUCUUGGAUGAUUCGUUUGUCAAGCAGCUGGAGAGUGCUUUGCGUUUCGGAAACCCAAUCCUUAUCCAAGAUGCAGAGCAUUUGGAUCCUAUUCUCAAUCACGUCCUCAACAAGGAGUACCAAAAGACCGGUGGACGUGUUUUGAUUCAACUGGGCAAGCAGGAAAUUGAUUUCUCGCCUUCGUUCAAGCUGUUCCUAUCAACACGAGAUCCAUCAGCUACGUUCCCACCUGAUAUCUGCAGUCGAACCACGUUUGUCAAUUUCACGGUUACUCAAAGCAGUUUGCAGACACAAUCACUCAACGAUGUUUUGAAGGUGGAGCGUCCUGAUGUUGAUGAACGACGAACCAAUCUUAUCAAGUUGCAAGGAGAGUUCAAGAUCCAUCUGCGCCAGCUUGAGAAACGUUUGCUGCAGGCACUCAACGAGUCACGGGGUAACAUUCUGGACGACGAUAAUGUUAUCGAAACAUUGGAGACUCUGAAGAAGGAGGCUGCUGAGAUUACUAAGAAGAUGUCUGAGACAGAAGGAGUCAUGACGGAAGUCGACAAUAUCACACUCCAGUACAACAUCAUUGCUCGAUCAUGCAGUGCUGUGUUUGCCGUGUUGGAACAACUUCAUCAUAUCAACCAUUUCUACCAGUUCUCGCUGCAGUACUUUGUGGACAUCUUCAACUCGGUCCUGCAUGGAAAUAAGAAGCUUAUUAAUGAGAAGGACCAUACUGCAAGAGUUCAGAUCAUUUUGAAAGACCUCUUUGUCACGGCUUAUCAGCGUACAAGUCUGGGACUACUACAAAAGGAUCGCAUUACGCUGGCUAUUUUGCUUGCUCAGGCUACUCCUUUCACUAUGGACAGAAGCAUCAUCGAUACCAUUCUCGAUGAGAGUGUGGAAGGAGUCGACAUGUCAACAACUCCAGAUCUUCGUGAACAGACGAUAAGCAAGCUUUCUAACAUGUCCUUAUUCAAGUCUCAUGUACCCAACAUUUCGGAGGAAGCGUGGACUACUUUCUUCACGGAGGAAUUGGCGGAGAAUUUUGUGCCUACGGUAUGGGAAGAAAAUACGGAACGCCUUGAUCAACAACUUCGUUCUCUCCUACUUGUCAAGCUUUGCCGUAUGGAUCGAUUUGUGCCCGUUGCCGAACGUUUUGUUGCGGCAGUCUUUGGCCGUGAAAUGUACGAAGAUAGCGGCGAUCUCAAGGAAGUUGUCGAACAGGUUACAGCAACUACACCCGUGGCACUCAGCUCCAGCCCUGGAUUCGAUGCAAGUUACAAGGUUGACGGAUUGGUGGAGCGAAUGCAUGCGACAUGUACGAACAUUGCCAUGGGUUCGAACGAAGGUCUCGAAAGCGCCGACAAAGCUAUCAGCAACGCCGCUUCUGCGGGUACUUGGGUGUUGGUCAAGAACGUGCAUCUCGCGCCAUCUUGGUUGCAAAGUUUGGAGAAACGGCUCGACUCCCUCAAGCCACACAAGGAUUUCCGACUUUUCUUAUCGAUGGAGACCAGUCUCAAGAUUCCAGUCAAUCUUCUCCGUGCAUCGCGGGUGCUUAUGUUUGAGCAGCCGGCCGGUGUACGCGCCAAUAUGAAAGAUUCGCUGUCUUCUCUAUCGCUACGUGCUACGAAGGCUCCUGUGGAGAAGGCGCGAGUGUACUUGUUGCUAUCCUUCUUGCACGCUGUGGUUCAAGAACGUCUCCGUUACGCUCCCAAUCUUGGUUGGAAGGGUUUCUGGGAAUUUAAUGAUAGUGAUUAUGAAUGCUCUGCAUUUAUCAUCGACUCCUGGAUCGACUCAGUCGCCCAAGGACGGUCCAAUGUUGCCCCUCAAAAACUCCCCUGGGACAUGAUCCGCACCCUUGUCACCGAAACUUACGGCGGGAAAAUUGACGACAGUGGAGAUUUCAUGCAACUCGAGAAGCUUGUCAACAGUUUCCUGACGCCGGCGGCAUUCGAAGAAGAGCACAAACUAGUUUCUGGCGUUGAAAACGACGAAUGCUUAGCGCUGCCGGGUACGACCAGCAUGCGCGACUUUACUGAAUGGGUUAACCGGCUGCCGGAGCGCGAGCCGCCCACGUACUUGGGUCUGCCGGCCAACGCCGAGAAGUUGCUGCUGGUUGGCCAUGGCAAAGCCAUGAUUUCCGAUCUCGCGCGGGUGACUACGUUGUUGGAUGAGGCAUUCCUAUCUUCUCUACGAGCUAAUCUGCAAAUCUCGUAUGAGGACCUCAAUGCCACCCACCUAGAGGCCUUUCACUACUCUCCAGGUCACUAUGACCUACGCAUUUUACCAUACUCUAGCGAGCUCACACCCUCGUCUGGGUUCGCUGACGAUCUUGAAGAUCCACCAUCUCCAACAGACACUUCAACCACCUCUACCACUCAAUCCUUCUCAGCACCUACAACAUGGACCUACCAUGCUACAACAGAGGAUGAUCGUCAGGCUGCUCUGCAAUUAAUUGCCGAGAGUAUUCGCGAGCAACGUAGCCUUGCCAUCCGCAGCAUUCUUUUACAUCCUGCCGUCCUAGCGGUGGCUUUUAUAAUACUCACCAUAAUAAUUCGCUGCGCGUUGCAUGCACCCCAGCAAAGGGCGCCGGUAGCAUGCUGCAUCGGAACAGGCAUUCUGAUCGCAGCACUAAUAGCCGCCGAACGCGCAACCAAGAAGUACAUCACUCUCGCAUCAGCAGUAGGAGACUCAACCUGGCUGCGAGAGGGACUCUACCAACAACCACAGCAACAACGUAACAAUAAUAACGGACCCGCUGGCGGAUCCAAACAUCAACACUCUCAUUCUCAUUCCCGUCGCGAUUCAAUGCCGCUCGAAGAUGAAAUCCUCAUCACCAAAGACCACGACCAAGUCGUCGGCGCCCUUUUCCUGCGCACCGCACGCACAAACGCACUUUCUUCAGGGGCACCUAGUGCGAACGGCAUGCGCGCCCUACGCCACAGACAUAGCAACAGCUCAACAUCCGGCCGUUUGACGGGCGUCAUUCGCGCCUGGACCGUGAAAUCAACUCACCGCCGACGCGGUAUGGGGCUUACUCUCCUUGAAUCGGCAGUCUCCAUCUGUCGGGUGCGCAGACUCGAUGGUCCCAUCUUCGCGGAUGACCAGUUGCACAGUGCACAUACCCCCGGCUUGAGGACGUUGUGCUGGCCCUUCAACGCUGGGUUUGAGAUGGUCGAGGAACAGGCAAAGGAUUGUCUGAAGGGAGUCAUUGAGGGGAAGGAGAGGUGGAGGAAGUGA